UGUUUCUACAGAAACGCUGAAAAUGUUUAAAGCCCGCAUGAAUGGACUGCUUUCUAGCGAAAGAAAUACGAUACUCGGUAGUCUCUGCUUGUAUAUAUCUUGUAAACAAUGUCAUUACAACUGGGGUAUUCUGGAAAUCUAGGAUUCGGGCAGGAAGCCAAGCAAAACAGGAAUUUCCGAUUCGUUACGACAGUUAGUGGCUUGUUGCUACCUUGUUCAAGUGUUUGAAUAAGUGUAUUGUAAAAGAACUGCGAGGAAGGGUGGUUUCAAGUAUUCAUUUGGUAUUUAUGAACUAUGUUAGAAAUUUGAAGCGGCCGAAUCUGUUCCGGCAGUAAAAGAACCGUACCUAAAAACCACGAUGUUUUUUUAGGGUAUAAUUAAAUUUUACAGAAAGUAUCGCGCGGCGCACGUCAUAUGAAUGUCUGUCUGCCUUUACGAAAUUGGUUCUUAUAUUUUUCUCUGACAAGAUUUCAAGAAGGUUCUUCAAAACAUAAACAAAUAUUUACAAACGAGGCCAUUACCAUUGGGUUGGAUUUAGAUGUGAAUAGACUUAGUAUAGAUGGGUUAGAUAUACAAAUUACAACCCAUAUUCCUAAAUCUAUUGAUUGUAACUUUGAAUAUAUUGAUCAUAUCGGAUCUCCGCAUUCAUAACGUCUUUCCUCAAAACUAAUCCGUCGAAUGAAUUAGUAUAUAUAGCUCAGUGAUUAAGCUAUCCUAAUCCCUUACAGUCCCCUACUAUCCCUAGAAAUUAAACUCUCUCCCGAAUUCUCCCAAACUAUCCUAACAUCACCACAAGCAACCUAUCUUCACCCAAUUUAUCCUACCUUCGAAAGUCCAAGGAUCAAUAUUUUAAAUAUUUUGGUCGAAUUAUUAUUUAUUGUUUCUCCUUAAAAUUUCUCAAAAUAUUACCAAUACGAUGCAUAAACUUUUAUGAUACUAAUGAAUUUCUCGCCAUGAAGAAAGAUGUGCGGAUAUUACUCGUGGGAGAAGAGAGAGUUGGUAAGACGUCACUAAUUUUGUCAUUGGUCAGCGAAGAGUUUCCUGAAGAUGUACCAUGUCGUGCGGAAGAGAUCACCAUUCCUGCAGAUGUUACACCUGAAAAGAUACCAACCCAUAUUGUAGAUUACUCUGGUUUGGAACAAACACCAGAGGCAUUAGAAGAUGAAAUUGAUAAGGCUGACGUGGUGUGCAUUGUGUAUGAUGUAACAGAUCCUGAUACAAUUGACAAGAUUGAAAGCUAUUGGAUUCCUCUUGUAUUGGAUUCCGAAGAUGAUGAAGGAGUUUUGCAAAACAAACCCAUCAUACUGGUUGGAAAUAAGAGUGACCUUUCUGAGCAGAGCACAAUGGACACUUUGGUAACAAUCAUGAAUAAAUAUCCCCAAGUCAAAACCUGCAUUGAGUGUUCAGCAAAACUUGUCAAGAAUAUCUCAGAGAUGUUUUUCUAUGCUCAGAAAGCAGUUUUAUAUCCUGAAGAUCCCCUUUAUUCUCAAGAUACAAAAGAGCUCACAGAACUUUGUGCAAAGGCCCUUACAAGGAUAUUCAAGAUCUGUGAUGUUGGAGGUGAUGGCAUACUGGAUGACAAGGAACUUAAUGACUUCCAGUAUCAAUGCUUCAACUCACCACUGGAAGACGAGGAAGUGGUGGAAGUCAAGAAUUGCGUUCAACGAAACACGCACGAUGGCCUCAAGGAUGACGGGCUCACACUGACAGGGUUCCUCUUCCUUCACAAAUUGUUCAUGGAAAGAGGGAGACAUGAAACCACGUGGACAGUUCUGAGAAAAUUUGGUUACGGUGAUGAUCUUGAUUUGAGGGAGGAUUAUUGUGAUUCUGGACUUGAUAUUCCCUCAAGUUCCACAACAGAACUCUCGGAGUUGGGACGCGACUUCUUCACGAGAUUGUUUGAAAGAUGUGACAGGGACGGAGACAGCGCAUUAUCCCCAGUUGAGCUUGAGGAGUUAUUCAGUCUGUGUAACACGAUGCCUUGGGACGAGGAAGUUUUGAGUUGUGUCCAAACCAAUGAGAAUGGCUGGGUGACAUUUGAUAGUUACAUUGCAUUGUGGGUAUUAACAACGUAUCUGGACAGCAACAGAGUCUUCACAUGGUUAUCUUACUUUGGUUACAUGCAUGGUGAACUGGAGAGUCAGUUGUCCACGGCUGUCACAGUGACACGUAGUAAAGAUGUGGAUCUCGCGAAGAAGCAGACAUCGAGAACUGUCUUUCGAUGUAACGUCAUUGGUCCCCCUGGAUCAGGAAAGACUGCGUUUUUGCAAGGACAUGUUAACAGAAGUUUAGAGGAGUUGGAGAACUGCAAAACAUUCAAAGCAGCGAAGUUCACUGUUAAUACUUCAGAAAUAAACAGACAGGAAAAAUAUCUGAUUUUAUGUGAAAUUUCCUGGAAUCAAAUCGAUACCGAAUUACUGAAUAGCAAGAAAUGUGAUGUCAUUUGCUUCCUUUAUGAUCAAUCAGACCCCAACUCGUUCUCCAAAGUCCUGGAACUUCACGAGAAUGUGCUUUGUAGUGUGCCGUGUUUGUUUGUGGCUUCAAAAACAGAUCGUCCAAAAGUCGAGCAGAAUUGUGAGGUCCAACCUUCGAUGCAUUGUACAUUAAAUAAUCUCCCUGAACCAGUGCUAUUUUCUGCUCUGACGCAAUCUGCGCUGAAAAAAGACGUGUACGACACCCUGACCAAAAUGGCUGUUUACCCCCAUCUUUGUAACCAAAAAUCUCAAUUCUUCACCCUGUCGACGUUUCUAUCGUUUGGUGCUGGUACAAUGCUUCUGGCUGGUGGGGCAUUUCUUCUGUACAGAUAUCUCCGACCACACAGAACGUGACAAUGGCUGGUGGUGCAACUGAAUAGUUCAUAGUCAUAGAUAUUGGUAAUAUUAAAAUAUUCUUUUUAAAAACAGGGACAUGCUUUGCUGCAAAUAUAAUUGAACUCAUUACUGUAAAAAGACCGCAGCUAUAAACAUAUUUUAUUGGCAAAAAGCUGAGGUAAGAUAAAUUUGGACUUGCAUAUCAAGUGUCAGUUUUUUUACCGUUUUCUUGGAAUUUUUUGAAUAGUACUUGGAAUUACAUGCUAUGAAGCUCGUAGCCAACUUUCACUUUGGCGAAACUGAUUGCAAUAAAAGCAAGAAAAAGCUAUCCUCUUUUUUUUAUCCUCCGUUAACCAUCUGUCCAUGAUGAGUUACUUUCUGGGUUUUUGUUGCAUCAUUUUGAUGGCGUAUCGUGGAGUUGAUAUCGUAUGCGACUUGCGUUGUUGUUACCAUUUAUCAAAGCAGAAAAUCGAUCCAAAACUGGCCGCAAUAUUGAUUAUAACAUCUGUGUUCAGUAUACCUUUUAGUGUUGCUAUUUUUUACCGUGUGUUGAAACGUAUUGACGAGCAAACGACCAGUAUUGGUAUAAACAACCUUUGGAAAGUUCUCUCGCCCGAAGUUAAUUUUUAUUUUUUGGAGGCGCUUGUAAAUCUCGCUCAGAGCUAUUUUGCCUUCGAAAUGUUAUCCUCCAAAAUCAGCUCAGGGACGUGCAUUGAGUCUAUGGAUUAUCAAUUCGCUAGUUGCUGUCUUGGCGGAGGUGUUUUGCAGUUUGUUUGCUUUUUUACGAAUCUCUGUAGAAUUUACUGUAAAAGAAAACGCGAUGUCACGAGGCAAGACGAUGAACGUUGGCCAGAGGAUGAACUUGGCAUUCUUUUCUCGUUUAUUUCUUUUUUCAUGGGGUUAGCUUAUGUUGCCGACGCCACAAGAUUGAAAUAUUGUUAGAACAAUUGGACUUCGCGAAAUUAAUGGCAGAAAACACUUUUUGGACGUUUGC